CCCACCAGGAGGCCAACCGCCGGAAGCUGUGAUCCACAGAUAAAUGUUCUAGAAACUUCGUUGUCACGAUCUGUAGAUCGCUGCCCGAUGCUGGAGUGACACAAGAAAGCAGUGUAUGGAGAGGAUUUAAUUGACAGACAUCAAACGUUUGUAGAUAAUUUUAUCACAGGAGACAGUGGAGACAUCCACUCCAGGCUAAAUACCCAAAACUAAAGCUGAAAGAAGGGCCAUGAGAGAGACACGGCUUCCGGCAAAGUUUGUUGUCUUCAUGGACGACCACUGAUAGCAAGGUCUGAACAUUCACUUCAUGAAAAACAAAGAGAGACCAUUGACACUCACUGACGGGAAGUUGCUGGAGCUGCUAAUAUGGGCAAGCGGAAGAAGGGGGCGGGAGGUGGUGGAGAAGAUUCUGGCGGUGGUGGCCGGGUCAAAGUUUAUCUCCAUGCCGUGAACAAUGAUGAGGCUGCUCUUCUAACAGACAAUGGAAACACACGCCCCCUUCAAGAAGUCAAAAAGCAGUCACGUGCUUCUGAAGUACAGUUCCAUCAGAAUCAAUCUGUAACGGACAUGAAGAUUAUCAUCAUCCGGGGCACUCCAAAACAAAUCGAGAAUGCUGUCAGCCUCAUCAAUCAGAAAACUGGUUCUAAGGGAACUAUGUCAGCCCAAGCCCAAAUAUUCUGGGUAAGGUGGGUUCAGGAGGCAUUUCCUGAUCUCCUUUCUCGCGCCUACUUCGUGCCUCCUGUCCAUGUCAACCGCGUGCCGAUGGAGAGACAGACAGUUGCUGGUCAGGAUGUCUUAGUCCUGUGUUCACCAGGUGGACAGGCCGGUCAAUCAAAACAGUCAACACUGUCUGAUCAGGAUGGACAGUUUGACCCUCUGAAACCACGUGACCAGACCGAUCUGAAUAUCCAGCCAACACCACUUGCACAGAGUAGUCACGACAAGCAGCCCACGCUACCUGCAGAACCCCACCAUGAAAAUCAGCCGACAUCACUAGUACAUCAGUCUAACCAGUCAAUGCUACCUCACAAUUCGUAUCAAUCUGAUCAGUCCACAGUAAGUGGAUAUUCGUACCAGUCUAACCAAUGUACACCAUUUGAACAGGUCGGUCAGUGCAUGGAACCGGCGAUGAUUUGCUCCGCUGUUCGGCCGUCUAUUACUCCGCCUCGAGACGGUCACGUGACAGAUAAUGCUUCCAUUGGAGGAGACCUGGAGGCUGGUCAGUGCAAUCAGCUGACACUAUCUGAACAGGUGUCUCAUUUCAACGAGCAAUCACCAUCACCUGGGCAGUGUUAUCAGUCUAAUCACAUGACACUAUUUGAACAAGCCAAUCAGCAAACACCAAUGGCAUAUUCUUACCAGUGCAACCAGCCGAUGACACCUGGAUAUUCUUUACAGUCUAAUCAGUCAUUGUCCUUUGGACAUUCGUACCAACCAAACCAGUCGAUACCACGUGCACAUUACUACCAGUCCAACCAGUCGAUACCACGUGCACAUUACUACCAGUCCAACCAGUCGGCACCACCUAAACAGGCUGAAGUUAACCAUCCUGUCCAGACGACUCCGCAUGGUCAGUCAGGUCGGUACAUCAAGCAGACACCCACUGGACCGUCCGGUCAGUACAUCCAGGAAACAUCACCUCAACAGGCGGCUCAGCUCAACCCUCUGAUUACAGGUGCACAGCCGUGUCAAGGUAAUCCACUGACUCCCCCUGAACAAGCCGGUCAGUCCAGCCAUUCGACACGACAUAUACAGCCUUGUCAAUCCAACCAGUCGAUGCCGUCUAAACAUUUCGGUCAGCACAAAGGCUUUGAAGUGAAUGAUUCCUGUCCUGCUCAGAUGUCCAGCUCUCCCCUUCCUUCCUUCCAGGAAAGUGACGUGAGAGCUGAUAAGGCGAUGCAGCGAGUGCUCGUCUGUCUCGACAAAAUGGCGGCAGAAAAAAGAGAAAUUAUGUUUGUGUUAAGUCAGUUUACAUUCGGACAGUACCUGGGUGAGCCGUGCUACGCUCCCGCAGCUGCAUCCAUGCCUCUAGCCCAGACCUUACCUAAGGCUUCCACAAAUGAUAAACAGGGAUCCUUUGAUGUGCUUGUAAUACACAGACAUUACGGCUUUGUUGUAUGUGAUGUCAGAGCCAUUGGUGACAGCCUAAACAUGUCCAUGUCACAACUGGACAUAGAGAUAAGAAACAAACUGAGAAACGCUAUUUCCAAGCUGGACAAGGCGGAGGCCAUGUUGUCUCACCUGGUGUCCGACAUCGCUCCCGGUCUGCGCAUCACUAAGACUAUCGCUGUCCCCAACCUAACGGCUCGUCAGGUACAAAAUUCCCUCACUGGAGAUCCUCAGCUGUCGCAGGACCUGUGUCGGUGUCUGGGAACAACAGACCACGCCAACAUCACUGGUCUGUACCCCGUGGGACGUUAG